AGCGGAAGUGCGACUUACAAACAGCCAAAUCCACAGUCUGGCAUUCUUGGGCGUACAUAAUGCAUAUACAAGUAUAUAUAUAAAUAUAUAUAUACGUUAUAGGGAUAACCCCGGGCGCAUUGUUCUCCAGGCAUUAUGGAACGUGUCUGGGCAUCUCCUGAGUUUUGGUGUUCCUCUAGGAUCCGAAGGGUGUUCAUGGGAAGCACUAUGAAGGCGCUUGCAAAUUCAAAUCCAUAAAAGUGUCAUUAGGGUGGCGCAUAAAACACAAAAGGUGCGCCCAGAAAUUAAUUAAAAAGGCAAACUCAGGACCGGAAUUAAUGGCGCAUAAGAUUUAUGCAAACAGGCAGUUGCCUUUUCGGAAAUAUCCUCGCUGAAAUGUAUUGGCCUUAAAAGUGUUUCAAUUCAUUUGGCAGCAAUGACCAUGUCUGCACUUCACAGACGAAUCCCCAAACGUCGAGCGUAUGUGACAGAGGAUUUGGCACUCAGCGCCAGCUGGACUCAAAUCAGCAGAAAAGUGAGGCGAAGAGCUGCUGGCUAUGGUGGUAAUGGAGGUUAUGGCUGAUUAUGAUGCGCCCCUUGUAGAACACACAAGCCAUAUGAAAUAUGAAAUAUGAAAUAUGAACGAGUGCGAGGAGCUGAGCCGGAAACGACCCUCAUCAAUAUGGAUUUGGCGACGGACAUGUGGGCCACGUUCGCGUUGAGUGCCAGUGCCAGUGCCAGUUUGAGUUGAGUCUCGAGUUUGUUAAAUUAAUUGCAUAAAUAAUUUACAUAGUAAUUACACGUAAUCCUGCGAGAAAGAGGAGUGCACACUUUCCUCCGUUUGCAUAUAAAUCAAAAUGCUAAUGCAAUCCAGUCGAUAUUUGCAUUUGACGUAAUCUUGCAAAUCCGUAAUUACGUAAUGCAGCCACAAGCUGAUUGCGCGUCGCAGUCGUUGAGCUUUAAUUGCGUUUCCGUUUCCGUUCCGCUGAGUCAUCGAAUAUUAAACACGCUCUUUUGGCGGGGAAACUAAAAUUUCACCCACCUGGCUUCCGGUUGCACAUAUAUAUAUAUUGGAUGAAUAGGUUAAAGGGCUAAGUUAAGGUGUGAAAAUAGGUUAAUAUUGAAGAGUUAGGAUUUAACUAAUAGCUUUGUUGAUAUAUAACAGAUUAAGCAAUUGGUGCCUUAAUUUAUUAUGCUUGUAAACUAUUUAACAAACAUAAUCGCUCAUUAGAAAAAUAAAUUAGCGACUGCUCCUAUUCCUAUUACCAUUUUACAAUCAAUCGCGUAGUCAUAAAACUGUUCAAAGAUCAUUUACCAAGUGGCGGCUUAUAUAUAGUAUAUGUUAAUCUGCUCAAUCGAUUGAUCAUCGGCCAUUUCAACAUCUCAAUCGAUCAGAGGCAGGUCGAACAACUAUUGCACGACCACAAUUUAAUGGCUUAGCAUAUGAAUCGCAUUAUGGCUUCUUUUGUGGUUGUCUGUCCAUCUUUGGAUCAAAAAACUAUAUUAGAGAAUGACAUCUCUUAGCGUAUCAAAUGUCAAGACGAACGAUCGACGCGCUAUUAAUGCGCAUUGUUGGGCAUCAAAAAGGCGACGAUUAAAAAUCAAUAUAAAUACAUCGAUUGCCAUUGUGAACGCUCUACAAAGGAAGCUCUGGACAUGCUUAAUAUAUGUUUAUAGAAACUUUUAUGCAAAUUACUGGCUGAAGACCCGAGAACGAGCCCAUGUAAAGUGAGCACUCAUAAAGUUGAUUUAUGCAGCCGAAUCAUGCCGAAUUUGCAUAAUUAUAAUGGCGUGAACAGCCAACGAGUCGCCCCAAAGUCUAAGCCCAAAAUCGCGACCCACAAAUCCAUCACUGGCAACGCUUUGGUGGUCAAGAGAAAAUGGCAAAGACUCCGAUGGUACCUUCCAGAUCCGCUGGCACCUCGUGAUCGAUCCAACUGGAUUGCCAAAUGCAUAAAUCACGUGCCAGUGCCGCCAAAAUAAAAACAGAAUCAGAUUUCAUACUUGUAGCAAUCAGAGAAUGGAGAUCGGCGAACGGAGAAUGUCUGCGACUGGCUUCGCUGACUAGUUGGUAGAAAUUAUGUAAAUGCUUGAGACUAGACCCUGAUCUUGAAUCUUGAAACGAGUCGGCGGAGCAGAAGCUCGAAUCGCUUCAGUUUGCCGCUGAGUUAACUGGAGAUCGGUCGAGAAUCUAGAGUGGGAACUGCCCCUCGAAAACAGCGUGUUGGAUACGAAUUCACGGAUCAUGUACAGGACUUUUGUUUGGCUGCUAACCCUAAUGGCAGUGGCAAGUGCCGCCACCUCUGGUCGGGACUACCUGCCACGCCCCCCCGCCAGAGCCUACGUCUACGGCACGCCCUCGCCCAGCACGAUGGCCCAGCUGCGACGGAUAGUCCAAGGUCAUCUGGAGCGCUUCCAGCAGGCGGAGCAGGCGCACUUCUCCCGCCGCGCCAAUGUGCAGCUGGGGAAAGCGGAAGUGGCGGUGGAUAGGAAACCACUGGCGAUGCAGCUGUGGGUGGUUCGCACGCCCGCCGUUUCCGGCGCGGCCUCGGAUAACGUCCUCGAUUACGCCCUGCCGCCCAACACGCCCACGCCGAAGGACUACGCGCACAAGUUCCUGCCCGAGGGCAAGGAUGUGGUACCCGGAAGCUCUUACAUACCGCUGCGGCUGGUGGUGAUAAAGCGCUGAAGCAGCUUUUGGAAUCUUUGGGCGGCGGCUUGCCUUUUGUUGUUCGAAAACAAGUUGCGGCGGAAUGCCGAUAUCCGAUACUUAAUGCCCAACCAGUAGUUGGCUAAUUGGCUUUAAGCUUACUGGUUCCUAGCGCUAGUCCAGCCAUAGUUUAGUUGUUUAUGUUAAGGCCCAAGUUCACUCUAAAUCUAAAUCCAAAUCUAAAUUAAGCCACCACAUCCCGGAGUCCGUGACUAAGACUUCCGACCUGAUCGCAUGCAAUAAAUCCGAAAUUAAGACUCAGCCA